GCAGCGGUGGUCGACGGCGAGAUUACCAAGAUCAGCCUGGCUGACUACCGCGGAAAGUACGUCUGCCUGUUCUUCUAUCCCAAGGACUUCACGUUUGUGUGCCCGACGGAGAUCAUCGCAUUCUCGGACCGCGCCAAGGAGUUCGAGGCCCUUAACUGUCAGCUCAUCGCAGCAUCAACCGACACCGAGGAGUGCCACCUGGCCUGGAUCAGGAACCCCCGUAAUCGUGGAGGCCUGGGUUUCAUGCAGAUUCCUAUCCUGGCUGACACCACCAAGGCCAUCUCUGCACGCUACGGCGUGCUCAUCGAACAGCUCGGUAUCGCCCUUCGCGGGCUGUUCAUUAUUAACCCCCAGGGCGUCGUACAACACGUGACCAUCAACGACCUUCCCAUCGGCAGGUCGGUGGAUGAGGCCCUCCGCACGCUGCAGGCCAUCCAGUUCCACGCUCAGCACGGCGAGGUAUGCCCUGCCAACUGGAAGCCAGGCUCCAAGACCAUGGUGGCGGAUACGGAAAAGUCGUUGGAGUACUUCAGCUCCGUUACGGAGGUACGGCAAAGUACGACAGUACAAGUUUGGUUGCGGCCUCUUAUUGAGAGUGAAUGUUUUGUGAAUAUGUUUUUUGAAUCACACGUGCAGGGAUGUGUCUGCUACAAACAUGCUCUGUUGUGCCGCCUCUCUAUAAUAAAUUAA